AUGGGUGCCUACAAAUAUUUAGAAGAAUUGCAAAGAAAGAAGCAAUCUGAUGUUAUGAGAUUCUUGUAUCGUGUCAGAUGUUGGGAAUACAGACAAAAGAAUGUCAUCCACAGAGCUUCCAGACCAUCUAGACCAGACAAGGCUAGAAGAUUAGGUUACAAAGCUAAACAAGGUUUCGUUAUCUACAGAAUCAGAGUUAGAAGAGGUGGUAGAAAGAGACCAGUUCCAAAGGGUGCCACUUACGGUAAACCAACCAACCAAGGGGUUAACCAAUUGAAAUACCAAAAAUCAUUGAGAUCUACUGCUGAAGAAAGAGUUGGUCGUCGUGCUUCUAACUUGAGAGUCUUGAACUCAUACUGGGUUAACCAAGAUUCCACCUACAAAUACUUUGAAGUUAUUUUAGUCGACCCAUCUCACAAAGCUAUCAGAAGAGAUGCUAGAUACAACUGGAUCGUUAACCCAGUUCACAAACACAGAGAAGCCAGAGGUUUGACUUCUGCUGGUAAGAAAUCCAGAGGUAUUAACAAGGGUCAUUUGUUCAACAAAACCAAAGCUGGUAGAAGACACACCUGGAAGAAGCACAACACCUUAUCUUUAUGGAGAUACAGAUCUUAA